AUGUCGCGUUUAUCGUAUUCGCGCGCCGACGAAUCAAGCAUGUGGUCCUACUUGUACGACAAAUUACGCAGCGGUGAACCAGCUGCGAAUGAGCCAAAAGGACUAAGAAUUUGGAAGAUGUACAUUGGGGAGAAAAAAGUGAACAGAACUGCUGAUGGCCUUGCAACAAGGUUUCGUCGUCACAUGGCCUCUCGGUUGCAUGACGCGCACUUACCCUGCCACAGAAUGAUGUUCCUCUAUUCACAUCUGUGUAUUCCAAUGAGUAGCGACGUUAAAAUAGCACUUCAACUGAAGUUUGGCAUUGAAAUAGAGCUAGAUACAUGUGGAAUUGUCAGGAAUUUCAGAAGAGUAGAAAAACCCUCAUCAUCACACAUACGAGAAUCAAUAGAUUACACACAGCAAAUUCUGGAUAUAAAAGAGGGAUUUCGGCUACAGUCAAGACGAGAAAGAGUGGUGAGCAACGGUGGUUCUGACCACGAGAUGGGGCCUAACAGCAGUUUUGCGAUUUUGUUACAGAAUGACUCUCCACAGAGUAGAAACGUCGGGUCAAACCUGUCCCCGUUAUUCGGAGCGAAGCAAUCAUCUCCCUGUGCUUAUGCUGCUCUCACAGUUGUUGAUAGCUGUUCAGUUGAAGUCCAGGAUGCUAAUCACGACGCUCAAGAAGCCGCUUCUUUAGAUAAUUCGGUUGCGAAGCCCAUUGUUGUGUCGACGUCAAGCGAUUCCUGUAAACGGUCUCUUCAACACCUUUGUUCUGUAUUCGAUGUUCCUGAAAAUGCUGAUGGAGAUCGAGAUUGGCGUACUUCUGAAGAACUGUUAUCUGCAGUAAAUCAAUGCCAAAUCCGAGAAAUUGUCGAGUCGUACAACCUCAUUCCUGAUUGUGAGGGCGAGAUUGUGGAAGAAGUUUUCAGAGAGCAGAAGAAGCUGUUGGAGCAAUCACAAAAUAAGUCGUCCUGUCUACGAUCACUUCUGAAACUGAUGAGACAUUUGAAGAAAGACCUCGCUGACGUGAGCCAAAGAUAUCGCGAUGAAACGCAUUCACAUUCUCCUGAUGUACUUUAUGCUCCGGACGAGCUGUUUGACUGUGCCUUGUUGGAUUCAUACGACGAAACGAUUCCACGAAAAGUGCGUCGCGAAGAAAUUAGCAAAAUCAUGGACAGGAUUGAUCGUUCUUUGCCGAAUUCUCAAGUCAGAGAAAUUUUGAGAGAGGUAGAACAGCUGGAAAGAUAUGCUGCUAAUUUUGCCAAAGUAGAGAACGAGUACAAAAAUGCCAUGGGCAAUACUGAAAGUGGAGUCUCUGAAAGGAUCUCGAACAUAAAUCGCUACACAUAUCCUUAG